AUGGAGACAAAUCCUUACGGCUCAUUUGCAAGUCCUAAAGAAAAUGUUUAUGCGAAAUGCUUUAAUGGCCGCAAGAAUGAAAUUUUUAUUGAGGAUUGGUGGCUUUCUCCAGAACUAUAUCUUAGAAGACCUCCUGCACAUAACGAUAACGAAAAUUAUCGCCUUGAUAAGCUAUUACUGAAAAAGGCUACUGAGGGUGUCAAGAUUUAUAUCGUUUUAUACGAUGAGAAUCCGAAAGUUCUGUAUCUGAACUCUCGAUAUGCAGAAAGUACACUGAUGAAACAUCCAAACAUUAUUGUGUUUAGGCAUGCUGAAAAUAAUUUUUGGUCGACUGUCGAAUGGGGAUUUAACAAGCUUUGGAAUGGUGUUUUUCCAAGUGCUGAUUCUGUUAAACAUCCAGAGAUAGAUCCUGACUCAUUUUGGAGCAAAAUAGUAGUCAUCGACAGACAUACUGCCUUCAUCGGUGGACUAGAUUUGUGUUUUGGUCGAUAUGACACCCAUGUUCACUCGUUAACAGAUUUUCCUACAUUUGCAAAACUCUCUGAAGUUUGGCCUGGUCAAGAUUAUAAUAAUGUCAGGAUCAAAGAUUUUGAAGAAGUUCAAAAGUGGAAAAAUGUUUUGAUUUCUAAGGAAAUCUCGGCUCGUAUGCCAUGGCAUGACAUAUCUAUUGGAUUCAACGUUGGAAUUAUAUUAAAUCCAGAAAAGCAAGAGAUUACUCUAAGUAUCCCAUUUUUAAAAGAAGCUGCUACCGAUGAGAGUCCAGGAGUCAUCAGAACGUACAAAUAUUUUAAUGAAACUGCUGAGGUUGAUUCUUUAAAAGGCACAUGCUCUGUGCAAAUUUUAAGAAGUGCUAGUAAAUGGAGUCAUGGAAUUGAGCUCGAGGCACUUGUAAAACGAAUUAUAAAAGCUCAUAAACUCCAAGAGAAAUUUCGAGUUAUUGUUGUGAUGCCAUUGAUUCCAGGUUUUGAAGGUCAAUUCGAUGAAGAAUCAGAGUCUUCUACAGUUCUACGAUUAACGAUGGAUUUUCAAUACCGCUCAAUAUGUCGUGGUGAUGAUAAAUGUGAUGAUUCAAUUUGGGGGCAACUCAAAAAAGCCGACAUUAAUCCGGAGGAUUAUAUAUCUUUUUACGGUUUACGUACCUAUGCUAAAAUCGAUUCUGAAGCUAUUAAAAAAGCGAAGAUUAAUCUUCAAAUUUAUAUACAUUCUAAACUUAUGAUCGUGGAUGAUCAAAUCGUUAUUUGCGGAUCUGCCAACUUAAAUGAUAGAUCUCAAAUAGGAAAACAUGACUCAGAAAUCGCAGCAAUCAUUAAAGACACGGAUGAAAUUAACUCAAAAUUAGCAGGAAAAUCUUUCAAAGCUAGUAAAUUUGCAGUAUCGCUAAGAAGGCAUUUAUUUAAAGAACAUCUAGGAUUGCUUCAAGAUUCUGAACAUGAAAAAGACCCUGUUAGUGAUGGGUUUUUUAAAUUGUGGAGAGGCAUAGCUGAAGAAAAUACAAAGAUUUACGAUGAAGUUUUUCAUUGUUUACCAAGUGACAAUGUUAAAACACAGUCUGAUUAUGAAAACUUUGCACCGAAACCAAACAAAGGACAUUUAGUUCUAUUCCCUUAUGACUUUCUAAAAGGAGCAGAAACUAUAACUUUUCACAAGAUUAAAACUCUUAAGGAUUUAAAAGAUGAUUUUGGCGAAGCUAAACUUAGUGUUGAAGAUGGAUUGAUAGAAGAUUUAACUGGGUCAUCAUUAUCUGCUGCAUUUAAAUAA